AUAUUACGGUGAUCAUCGUUGAUACACUCAAAGUGCUUGUGUAAAUCCUGAAAGUGACAAACAACAACACCGCUGCGGUUCAAGGCACUGCACUACGUGACCACGUCGAGGUGCUAACACAAAAAGCCUUAGGCGUCACGUACUCCGAAGCAGCUGACUUCUAUCUUUUCACUUCACCUUCAAAUAUCUUAUCGUUCAUUUUAUUUAUAGUAAUAAAAAAUUGCAAUACACUUCCUAUAAGCCAGUGCUUCAAUUUAUCGUCUUCACUGACUCCGUAAUUGCGAUCAAACGAACGUAAUGACUAUCUUGUGAUCUAUUAGUGCUUGUAAUAAUGAAAACUAGAAGUGAUAAAGAGAAGUUAUAUAGAAAACACGAUAAAUCUGUGCCGAAAUUAGAAAAAUAUGGAAUUAAACAUGACAAUCGUUGUGUAAAGCCGAAAUCACCGUUGGUGCCGCGGAUGAAACGUUCGGGCUUGGAAGCUGUGAAAAUGCAUCUACAAGCAACUGGUGGUACCGGCCGAACGUCGAGAUCUGCUACUGCGGUCCGCAAGACAAGCAUACGGAUGACUCAAAUAAAGGAGUACCCAUUCGACCUUAGUGAUUUAAAGAACCAUAACAGCGAAACACGACCCCCGAACGACAACCACAGUAUCACACAGAAUCAUCACAACCAUAACACAACUCGUACUACAACGCCGGACGGCAAAAGGAAGGUUUCUAUUAUGGCAGACGAGGGCAGUAAGGAUAGAGAAAAUUUACCUUCAGAGAAUUUAAGGAAUGGCCGGAUAUCGGCUCAGGCGGAAGGGCCAUCGCGCCGGAAAAGUAAUUUACAUAAUGCUAUGGCCGGCGAAAUGGACACAUCAUGGGAUCGACCAGCACACAUCGAAGGCAGAUACAAGAAAUACUCUACAACUUCUUCCAUCUAUUCCAAAAAAGCUUUAUCACAUCAAAGUGAACACAUAGAAAGAUCUUGGUGGUUCGCUUGUUGCCAAAGGUGUCACACGGACGACUCCAGCAUUCCUUCGUGGGAGCCCCCGCACUGGCAGAAAGUUUGCCCGUAUCCACUAUGUCCGUCAUACCGACGGUUCGCUCAAAAUCUAGCCGUACUCUUAAUUGGUAUAAUGACAUGGGUGAUUGUAUGGAUAGUGCUCGGCGAGACGGCGGCGCCGGGCGGACAGCUGUUCAUGUUCGCUGUGCUCACCAUAGCGGCGCACUUCGGCGGCUGGCUUAUGGUGAAAGUCACCACAUUGCCUGCACUCAUAGGAAUGCUAAUAGUGGGAAUCAUCAUGAAAAACAUAGGCUUUGUUGACUUUGAUCCUCAUUAUCAAAAGCUGUCGUCUUACAUAAGAAAAAUAGCCUUAACAAUAAUUUUAACGCGAGCUGGUCUCGACCUCGAUCCAAUGGCGAUGAAGAAAAUCUUCUGGACCGUCAUCAAACUAGCACUUGUGCCGUGGUCAUUCGAGUUCGCCUUGUCUGCUGUUUUAUGUAAUCUACUUCUAGGAAUGCCGUGGGACUGGGCAUUCCUCCUGGGUUCAAUAUUCGCUGCCGUAUCUCCAGCUGUGGUAGUGCCGUGUCUGUUCCGCCUUCGUGAAAAGGGUUACGGUGUGUCAAAGGGAAUCCCUACACUAGUGCUGGCCGUGUCCGGUAUUGACGAUGCUGCUAGUGUUGCUGUGUUUGGGAUCGUAGUAUCCAUCAUGUUCUCAAGCUCGUCGUUAACCAUGAAUAUCAUACAAGGUCCGCUCAGUAUUAUUGGAGGCGUAGCAUUUGGUUACUUCUGUGGAUAUUUAGUUAAAUAUAUUCCAGAACGAAAUGAUGCAUUUUUGGUGCCAAUACGAGUGUUGUUAUUACUAGUGGGUGGCCUUAUGUCUGUGCUUGGGUCAGAAGAAAUUGGCUGGGGUGGCGCCGGACCAUUGGCUGUGAUCGCAUUCGCUUACGUCGCCUGCAAGGAAUGGGUGGGACAAGGAUGGGAUCUGGAAGACAACCCUGUUGCAACUGCGUUUGAAAUCUUCUGGAUGUUCUUUGAGCCAAUGCUUUUUGCGGUUACUGGUGCACAAGUUGUUAUCUCAGAUUUAGAGCCACACUUGGUUUUGGUGGGAUGUGGUAUAAUUGUGGCGUGUAUAGUUCUCCGCGCGGUGCUGACGAGUUGUUCCGCUGUCCGCAGUAACCUCAACAUGAGGGAGAAGAUUUUCGUCGGCUUGGCGUGGAUGGCUAAAGCAACCGUUCAGGCCGCUUUAGCACCGGUAGCGCUGGAUGAAGUCAGCAAGAUGACUGGCGAUCCCGAACACUUAGCUGUACUGAAAAGCUACGCCGAAAUAAUUAUAUCGAUAUGCAUCUUGUCCAUAGUCAUUACUGCGCCCCUAGGAGCAAUCGUUAUUACAAUUACGGGACCAAGGCUACUAUCAAAGACUUCCAAACCGCCUGUAUUAGAAGGAUGGCGUCGUUCGCACAGACCGUCAAUCCGUGACAUCUCAAUCAUCGACGAGGAAGAAAUUGCUGAAAGGGAUGCAGAGGCUGAAGUUCAAAGUUCCACUCAAACCCAAACUCCAAGUUCGCCGCAGAUUUCACCAGAUAAACCCGCUAUACCAUUCGCCAACAGCACACCUACCCCUAUCACUGUUCAACCGAAUCACCGCACAUAAAAUCAUAAUUAUAACUUGGCAAAUUCGUUCAUAACACUCCCGAUGGUCCGCGCAGGCCGGGAGGGGCGGUAGCGAUGCACCACGCGCACGACUUCAUACCCGCGCAGUCCUUUCCCCCGUCGCCCGCAGAUCAUAGGAGAGUCAUCAACGAACUUGCCAAGCUAUAGUUAUUUAUUUCAAAUACAUUUUUUUUAUUUAUUAGGGAGAAAAUACCUUACAAAUGUCUCCAUCACAAUUGUAAUUUAGUUUAGUCAUGUAAAAAUAAAUUAUAUUAACUUAAUGAUUUAGCUCUACAGUAUAAAGUUUCAAUUGUGUGCAAUUUACUUGCAUUGUUCCACAUGAUUAGAUAUUACAUUGCAUUAUUUGAUUUUUUAAACCCGUCCUUAAGUUGAAAUCAAUUUCUAUAUUGAUAUCAUACCUAGAAUAUAGCUACUUAUUAUAAUUAUUUAGUCAUUUGUAAGUAAAAAGUAUUACUAACCAACAUUGAAGUACCGUAGAUCACUAAGCCCCAUAACCCUCUCUCUAAGAAGUGAGAAGGCCUCUAUCCCACUGAGGAGUAGAUAUUAACACUGUUUAUAGAAUUAAUAACAAAUGUUUAGUUAUAAUUUAAUAAGAACCAUCACAAUAGUAAUUACUAUACCAGUUCUUAUUGGAAAAUAAGGAAAGACACAUUUUCGUUAACUUUCUUGUAUAGGUCUUGGUCGUUGCAAAAUUUCUAAUGUUAUAACAAAAUUGUAUUGAAAUUUUUCAAUUUGUCAAUUUUUCAACUUUGUAUCAAAGCGACACGUUUUACAUUUUAAACAUGUUAUUAAUAUAAUAAAGGGGUCCAAUGUAUAUAAUUAGAUGGAAUACAUAUCAAAAGUACUAACUAGGAUUUUUUCUAGUAUAGACAACUAUAUAAAAUCAUUGUUUUGUAUGGAUAGGCCUUUAUAACAUAAAAAAACCGAGCCAUAAAAGCAAUACGAAUUCAGGAAAGAUGAAUGCGCGCUUGAUUGGUUAUUUAUAAACGUUAAUUAUUAUCUUCGUAGAGAAACAAAGUAUUAUGUAUUUUUGUUAUUAUUGUACGAAAUUUAAAAAUUUACACGUAAUAGGCCUAUCUGUGUAGCAAAGAAAAGCCUCGCUUUUAAAUUUUAAAUAUUGUCUAUGUUUAAGUUUAAUUGAAAAAGUAAUAGGGUUUUGAUAUUAGAUAAUAAUUAAUUAAUUAAUCAUGUAUACUUAAUUAAUGAUAUUUAAGCGUUGAUAUUAAUCGAAAUCAGUAUUGUGAUAUUUAUUAUGCUAUUUAAACUUAGUGAGUACUUACAUUAGUCUGUAGUUAUAAGGGUACAUACCACAAGCAGGUGUAUUUAGGUAUUAUAAAGAAGCCCAUUAUGAUAAAAUUAAAAUUAUUCGAAAAAAUAAGUAAAAUAAUUAUUUUUUUACAGUACAAUGUAUAAAAGUUACAUGAUUGCCAUUUUAAAAUAUAAGGAGUCUACAGAUUUCCUUAUUAGGUAUUAGAUAAAAUAUAUACAUAUAUUAUUAUAUUACGUACGAGUU